AUGGAGUCUGAUAUCAUAGACUACACUUCUCCAUCCAUAUCCGAUCUUCCUCCGGAAAUCAUCUCCUACAUCUUCUCGUAUCUCUCACCUGACUUGGUAUACGAAAAGUUUAUCGAAUUAUGUCCCUGGACCAACCAUAGUAUCCAAAACAUCGCCUACGCUUCUAUUUUUACUCGUAAGCUCAUUGUACGACUGGUGCCGCUCAGGAAAACUGGAUAUGACGCUUCCCGAGUCUUUUACUCCCCCGCAGAUCUCCAGACUGCCUUUGUCAUAAUUGGAUUCCAAAGAGCUUACAAUGUGCUUCGUAACUUGAUCCACUACAACCUAAUGAAUAAUACGCUGAUUUUUCCCCGUGAAAUGGGAUUUCUUUUUCGGUUCAAGAAUGAAGCUGGGAAUGUGUCUGAAAUGCCGUCUCAAUGGCUCCAUAGCGAAGUAGACUACUUUGCUAAACUUAUUGAGAUUCUUUCAUUAGACAAUUACUAUAAGGAUGCCAUUCCUCGAGUCUGUUUCCAACUAUCGUAUAACAUCACAUUGAGCCCAGCAUUAAUAGCCAAAAGCAACAAGAUUAUGCAGAGAAUAGAAUCAUUAGAAAAUAAGACGGUUAAAGUGUUGAUACAGAGUAGCUACACAUCCAAGAAUUCAGUUCAAAAUAUCCGUCUAUUACACACAAAUUCGUUGGACAGCUUAGAGGAACUCUACCUAUGGAGAUAUAACAUUUCCAACUACCAUGUUAAAAACUACCUACGCAGAAGUUCAGAGACUCUUCGAGUUUUGGACUUGACAGCAAAUGAGAUAACUUCGCUUCAAGGUCUAACACUACCUCCUAACCUUGAGAAGCUACUUCUCAGUGCCAACAACAUUACGAGCUUGGAUGGUCCGAACUAUGACGAAGCUACCAAGUUAAAGAUUUUGGAUGCCUCAAUCAAUGCCAUUCAUGACUUGGACUAUAAUUUAGUGCUUCCUUCAUCUCUCACAAGUCUCAAGAUCACUUACAAUUCAAUUCCUCAGAUACACCAAGCACAGAUUCCGCAAAAUUUGAACAUAUUGGGACUCUCUAAAAACUCAUUGACUCAUUUGGAAGAUAUCAUUCUUCCACCUUCUCUCUGCGAAUUGCAUUUGAAUGGUAAUUCUAUAAAGACUUUGCCAGAAAAUUUAUUUAUUUCUACUCCCAAUUUGACCAUUUUGGACUUGUCAGAAAACCAAAUCGACGACUUGGACGAUCUUGGUGAAUUGCCAGAUAGUCUAAGUGAACUAAUGCUAGACAACAACGAGAUUGACCAUAGUGAUUUGCAUAAUAUACUAACAACCAACUUGACCAAAUUAUCAUUGCGAUCUACAGGAUUAAUUACAUUUAGUCAUGUUCAAUUGCCAAAGGGGUUGAAAGAGCUCGACAUUUCCAAAAAUGAAAUCGGAGAAAUCGAGUUGGUUAAUUUUGGUGACGAGUUGACAAAGUUGAAUUUAAGCAACAACAUCCUAUCCACAUUCAAUUUGGAUACAUCAGUACACUUACCGCGUACUAUACGGAAGCUUGAUUUGAGCCGUAACAAGUUCAUGCGUGGAUUGGAUAGCAUAGGGAUACCGUCCCAUUUAACUUCUUUACACCUUAAUGAUAUAGGUCUUGGAUUAUUAACCAACGAUACUAUCAGUAAAUUACCCGUGUCAUUAGAGACGUUGUUCCUCGAUAAUACAUGCUGGACUCCAAAAGUGAAUAGCAGUGGAACUAUAACCAAAUACAAAUCAAUUGAGCUCAGUCUUGACUUCAGACUGAUAUUGCCCAAUUUGACAACGUUAUCGUUAGAAAGAAAUUGCAUUGGCCUGAUCGAUGACAUCACCUAUCCUUGUGGUUUGCAAUGGCUUUCUUAUCAACAUAACGACUUGGGACAUAUAAAUUUUCAGAAUAUCCCCACCAACAUUAAAUGUCUACAGUUAAACAACAACAAGAUCCACGAAGAAAUUCUUUGGGAAUCGAUUCGUAAUGUGCCCUACUUUCCCGAGAUCGAAUACUUCGGCAUUUGUGGUGACCAGACGGAACUCAUGCGACUGGGUAUCUACUUUGGGGGAAUGGAGCCUACGAGUUGA